GAAAAACUCUUCGAUAUUUGGCUGUUAAAAAGAAUGUCCAUGUAUUGAAUAAAUGAUCUAAAAGGAACAGAUUACAGUAGCCUCAAUCAUCCAGUCUCUCUCUCUGUCUCCCAGUCACAUGCGGUUCCAGGAAGACUCUUAGACCUCAUUCUGAUAAAAUAUAUGCAAUUUGUCAUGAUACUUAAUGGACUAAAAGGUAACUUGUACAGAUCUCUGCUGUUUCUAUUCCAGGGAAAACUGGAGAAAUUAAGUUGCAUUGAGGGCAUCAUCCUUGAUGGAAGCAUUGUCAAUUAUGAAAGCUUAUUCUGUGUCGAGAAUUUAUACCUGACCACCCAUCGGGGAUGGGAGAGUUUUGGGAUGCUUCUCUCCUCAGGCUGUUUCAUUAGAUUAGGGUUUCUUAACCUUACUAUUGACAUUUUGGACCACAUAAUUUCUUGUUGUGUGGAGCUACUAUGUGCAUUUUCAGAUAUUUUAGUGGCAACGCUGGUGUGUACUCGCUAGAUGCUAGUAGCACUCUCUAAUUGUGACAAUCAAAAAAUGUCUGCAGCAGCAACCAGAUGUCCCCUGGGAGACAAAAUUGCCCCCAAGUUGAAAAUCACUUUUUAAAAGAUAGAUGAUUGUUUCUUAUAGGUCUAUUUUGUUAUAAGACGAGGGCAGAAGAGAGGGCAGUUCUAUCAUUGCCUUAACCACUUUAUAUUAUAAAGAGAAAAAUAGAAUGAAUGAGCUAAAUUCCUCAUAUUGGUCCUUUCAACCAUACAGAGAACCUUUUGAUGUGAGAUAUGUUUUGAAGCAAAAUAUAGUUACAGGUUAAACACUUCACCCACAAAAAAUCUGCAAAAUAAAAAGUCAGAGUUAUAUUAUUUUGUAAUCCUACUUCCAAAGGUUAAAUAAUCACAGAUUUAACAAAUUACCUCUAAUAUGAUGAUGUUAAACCGUCUUCUUAAUGAGGCUUCAAUUUGUCACUGUUAAUAGAAUCAGCCAGGAAUUCACUCCAUUUGAACAUGAAAAACAAAAAAGUCUACCUGUAAGGACAGUUCAGGUGUGACCUGAAUCGUGCUUCAGUAGAAUUGCAUGAAUGGGACAAGUAGACUGUUUCCUAGAGUUUUUUUUUUUAAAAAAGCAAAUAUUAACUAAAAUACAGGGAAUACUAACAAAUAUUAACUAAAAUAGGCCAGGGAAUACAAUAAAUGCUUUUGUCCAAAUGAGAAAACUCUAUCAUGUCUAUGAUUAAAUGUUCAUGUCCAUUUUUCACACUAGGAAAUAGGGUCUUUUCUUUUUCUAUCCCUAGGACUUUGUGGCAUGCUGAGCACAUAGAAGAUAACCUAUACAUGAUAGAAAAUAAAUUUUUGAGUGGGUGUUGCCAAUUUAUUGGCUCCUUGAAACAGACUUUAGAUAAAGAUUUAAGAUAAAAGUAAACAAUAAGGCAUCUUUAAAGCCAUAAAGAUUCUGUAAUUUGCAAAAAUCAUGUAGUGAUUUUUUAUCAUUGUGGCCAUCCUUUCCUCUUCCCACUACUGUCCUUCCAGUUACUAAAUCUGUUAUUCAGCCUUUGUCUGUGUCUCUACAUCUAUGCUGCUACUUUGAGUCCAAGCCACUAUCUUCUUUUGCCUAAGCUCAUUCUCUUGUUAUUCUCCCUCUCCAAUACAUUUUCCCCAUAAAGCAACCAAAGUGAACAUUUUGAAACACAUUUGUCACCUCCCUGGCUUAGAACCAUACAGUGUGUUUCUCUUGUCCUUGGGACAUCAUCCAAAAUCCUUAGCCUCUACAAGAGUAGGGCCAUCUCUAUUUUCUUCUCCAAUAUAUGUCCACUCUCAGUAUUUGCCAGCACAUAGUAGGUUCUUACCAGAAGAUGGGACUGUAUUAGGCUAACAAUAGGAGUUUACACUGUUUUCUUAGUGUUGGAUCUUUAGGUGUGGGAUAGGCAUUUAAUGUGGGAAGUGGGUGGGAAUGGUUUGCUCCUACUUCCCACAGAAUGCCAUAUUGGGUAGUGUUGAACCAUCCCACAGAAUGCCAUAUUGGGUAGUGUUGAACCAUCCCACAGAAUGCCAUAUUGGUUAGUGUUGAACCAUGCAUGAAAACUGGCAACUGGCCCAGGUACAUGCACUAAUACAUGAAUUAUUUUUAUCUUUGCCUUUGCCUUACAGCUAGAAAAAACAUUAUAUGGCUGGGUAGAUUUUCAGUCUAUCCAGAACUAAGGAAGAAACCCAAGGCUUUAAAAAAUUCUUACCAGUUUAUUUAUUGCUUUACAGCCUAUUCAAAUUGUUACGUAUCUUGACUCAUUGGUUAGCUUUUUGGCCAAUAGGAUUUCAGGAUGCAAUGCACUAAUAUAAACUCUUGGAUUGGUUUAACUCCCUCUGAUGUCACAAUUUCCCCAUUUGGAUGUCAUAAUUUUCUUGAAAUCACAUGGUACCAAUCACAAGUCUUGUUAUUUUGUUUCAUUAUGAGAAAGAUAAUCUACCAAAUAUUGAAAUGCUGGAAGGAGCAAGAUAGCUUUGAUCCAGGGAGACCUUUUCCAUUUAUGUGCUUUAGUAAUCUGCUGCCAACAAGCUAUCUUCUUUAUGUUCUUCUACAACUGGUGUUGUUUUGUUUUCUCAUGUUUGUCUCUUAAUAGACAAAUGGAGGCAUGAGCUUCCUUAGAAUUACUCCUUCGAUGCAUAGUUCUGUUUCAUCUGGACUUUUGAGGCUUAGUAUCUUUCUACUACUUAGCUUUCCUGACUCAAAUGGAAAAGCCAUUUGGACAGCUCACCUGAAUAUAACAUUUCAGGUUGGAAAUAAGAUCACAUCGGAAUUCGGAGAGAGUGGAGUGUUCGGGAAUCAUUCUCCUCUGGAAAGGGUGUCUGGUGUGGUGGCACUUCCUGAAGGAUGGAAUCAGAAUGCCUGUAAUCCUUUGACCAAUUUCAGCAGGCCCAAACAGGCAGACUCUUGGCUGGCCCUAAUUGAACGUGGAGGCUGUACUUUUACACAUAAAAUCAACGUGGCAGCAGAGAAGGGAGCAAAUGGGGUGAUCAUCUACAACUAUCAAGGUACGGGCAAUAGAGUAUUUCCCAUGUCUCACCAGGGGACGGAAAAUAUAGUUGCGGUGAUGAUAGGCAACCUGAAAGGCAUGGAAAUUUUGCACUCGAUUCAGAAAGGAGUCUAUGUGACAGUCAUCAUUGAAGUGGGGAGAAUGCACAUGCAAUGGGUGAGCCAUUGCAUCAUGUCUCUAUUUACCUUCCUGGCUGCCACAAUUGCCUACUUUUACUUAGAUUGCGUCUGGACACUUAUACCUAGAGUGCCCAAUUCUUUCACCAGGAGGCGAAGUCAAAUAAAGGCAGAUGUGAAGAAAGCUAUUGACCAGCUUCAACUGCGAGUUCUCAAAGAAGGGGAUGAGGAAUUAGACCUAAAUGAAGACAGCUGUGUUGUUUGCUUUGACACAUACAAACCCCAAGAUGUAGUACGCAUUUUAACUUGCAAACAUUUUUUCCAUAAGGCAUGCAUUGACCCCUGGCUUUUAGCCCAUAGGACAUGUCCCAUGUGCAAGUGUGACAUCCUGAAAACUAAAGAAAUCUGGAGAAUUUUCUGAAGAUGUCACCAGAUCUUUCCAAAUACAAAGAUUAGAUAAAUUCUCUUAUUGUACUUUAUGUAGAGAGAAAAUUUCAGCUUCUCUACCCAAGUAUGAACAAGGGUGAAAUUUGUGUUUUAAAAAUAAAACUCCUUAUCAUGCCCAGCUAUUUGAACUUCUUGUCUUUCUAAUCAGUUUUAAUUGUUUUUUUAGGUGAAUUUUAUUUUAUUUAUUUAUUUUUUAUUAUACUUUAAGUUUUAGGGUACAUGUGCACAACGUGCAGGUUAGUUACAUAUGUACACAUGUGCCAUGUUGGUGUGCUGCACCCAGUAACUCGUCAUUUAACAUUAGGUAUAUCUCCAAAUGCUAUCCCUCCCCGCUUCCCCCACCCCACAACAGGCCCCGGUGGGUGACGUUCCCCUUCCUGUGUCCAUGUGUUCUCAUUGUUCAAUUCCCACCUAUGAGUGAGAACAUGCGGUGUUUGGUUUUUUGUCCUUGCGACAGUUUGCUGAGAAUAAUGGUUUCCAGCUUCAUCCAUGUCCCUACAAAGGACAUGAACUCAUCCAUUUUUAUGGCUGCAUAGUAUUCCAUGGUGUAUAUGUGCCACAUUUUCUUAAUCGUAUCCCCUUUUGCCCUUAUCCAAAUAAGAACAUUAGUAUAUGUUAAAAACAAAUUUUUUUUUCUUCAAGUUACUAGGAUUGUGACAUUGCCAUAGAGAAUUAGCCAUGCUAUUUUAAAGUUUCCUUUUUUAAUACUAAUUCUUGUACUUUGUUUCCACAUUUUGACUAAUUUUGGUAUCUAAUAAUUUAUAUCUCUGAUUCUCCAUGGUUAAUUAAUUUUAUUAAUACCCAGGAAAUCUAGUUUCCAAAGCUACUCACUGGAUUGGUAAUGUGUUCUAAAUAAUUAUUUUAGAUGAUAGUACUUUGGAUAUGUAAGGAAAAGUGUUCUAAAUUAUUACAGGCCUCAUUUAGGAUAACAUUGCAAACAUUCACCUUUGUUUGCCAGAGCUCUUUAAAUCCUAGCAUAGUGACUCAGCUAUGGUAGCAGAUUUCUUUUCUAGAAGUGUCCUUAGUAAAUGCUUCUCUUUUCCUCUCCAAAUGGUAAUGAAUGUUUCUCUGGGGGCAUUUUGAUAACAUAGGGCAGAGCUAAAAUUUUGUUCAAUUGCCUUUCCAUGUUAUAUUCUUUGCCUUAUUUUGCAUCUUCCUUUUUUCUAGUAGAUGAAUAAACACCUGUAUAACAAUGAGAGACAGAAAGAUUUAGGUAUUGUUGUAUUGAUGAAAAUUUCUGUUUCUGGAUGAUAUGCUAAACCUUUGAUACCUCAGUGUCACUUUGUGAAUAUACACACCAUAUGCUACCUUUUAAAAUGUGCAGGGAUGUAUGAAAAUAAAAUCGGAUUAAUGGCCUUUGGGAGAGAAAAUCAACCUUUGUGGGUAUGUUUUAUAUCAUCAGUAUUCUUUUUAUACUAGUUUUUGUUGGCCCAUAGGGCCCUUUGUUCCUUCAUCUUUCUUGUCUCAAAUUACCAUGUUGUAGAUUUACAUUUCAUAAGAAGUAACAGCUCCUUUAGUCCUGGUGAGAUCCAACCAAAAGUGACUUCUAGCACUUUACGUAUGUAGACCAGAGACAUUCAUGUUCAAGGUCAGAAUCUUUGGCCUCGGUUUCCUAGCUGGUGGGAAAAAACCCACUGAGAUUCACUGCCAAGAAAGUGUACCAGUAGCAGCGUGGCUGCUUGUGAACUUACUAUGCUUGUGAGUCCACAUGCCAUCCUUUAGCUCUGAGGUCAUAUUGUGCCACUGACAUGAUUGUGGCAAAAACAUAGGCAGAGUGGACAGAGCCUGUGGAAUCUUCUAAUAGGGAUAUUUGUUGAGUUCUGCAAAAAUGUUUGAUAAAAGCAUCUACUUAUUGCUGCUAAUGGUUAACUUUAAGUGUGCACCUUGAAGUUUUUCUUAAUAGCUGUUUUUUAAAAAAUGAAUUGUGCCAAACUAAUAUGACUAUAUUUAAUCUUUCCCUUGACACCCUUUCUCCUCCUCUUUCAAAAUAUUGUUUGAUUAAUAACAGACGUCAAAGUCUGCAGAGAAAUUAGCUUCCCUAGAUAUCAGUCCUUUCUUUACUCCUGUCAGUCUUACUACAUUUGUACAGUCAAUGUAAGACAGAGAAAGUGAGGCAGAAGUAAACUGAGCAGGAUCCCUUACUUUAAAACAGCAAAACCAUAAAACAAAAGCCACAAACUUCUCAGAAAGCUUAAAUUAAAUAAAUGCAAUAUAAUGGUUUAUGUGAUGAAUCAAAAAUUAGCAGUGUGACUUUUACUUUUUGAUGUAAAAAUAAUGUCACUAAGCUCACCACUUUUGCCUCACAUCCGGUCACUGCACUAAUUUUUAAUUAUCCUUUUUUUUAGCUUGCCAUUUUGUUGGAAAUAUCUCCUUCACUUGCUGGGAAAAUAAAACAUUCUUACAUGUGCUUUCAGGCUUUAAACAGCACACAUUGUAUGAAUUUUAGAUUUAAUUUUUAGUUUAAUGUGCUACCUACUACCAUUAUAUGUAGCUCAGUGAUUAUAUCCAUCUUAUAACAACAUAGAAAUCACCCAUAACAGCAUUUAAGCCAAUAAAUUCACAGUAUGCUCUAAGCUCUUAUCUAAUUGGCUGCUGGAUCUUGCAUGUCAUAAUCACAUCACACAACAGUAAGCAGUAUCUAGAGUUAACAGUAGGGGAUUUAUUUUUCAAUCUAAAGUUUUUCACCUCUCUCUAGUAAGACAUCUGAAACUCAUAAGCCAUCUUUAAGAAUUUCUUACAAAAAACAUGCUGGAAGACAGUGGAUCUUGUUUGUAUCCUGAAGAUUUUUUUCUCUUCGUUAUUUUAAAUUAAUUGUCAACAGAUGUGCAACUGUUGGGUUGGUUCUUAAGUCACUCGGAGAAGAGAGAGAUGCAUCUACUCAAGGUUGGCACUUGGAGAAACAACACUGCCUCUUCCUGGCUUAUGAAGUUCAGUGUUCUUUGGCUUGUUAGUCAGAACUGUUGCAGAGCAAGUGUUGUUUGGAUGGCUUAUAUGAACAUAUCAUUUCAUGUUGGGAAUCACGUGUUGUCAGAGUUGGGAGAGACUGGAGUCUUUGGAAGAAGCUCCACUUUGAAGAGAGUGGCAGGAGUUAUAGUGCCACCGGAGGGAAAAAUCCAAAAUGCAUGUAAUCCCAAUACCAUUUUCAGCCGAUCAAAGUACUCAGAGACCUGGCUUGCACUUAUUGAAUGGGGAGAUUGUACCUUCACACAGAAAAUUAAAGUGGCAACUGAGAAGGGAGCCAGUGGAGUGAUCAUCUAUAACGUUCCAGGAACUGGCAACCAGGUGUUCCCCAUGUUUCAUCAGGCAUUUGAAGAUGUCGUUGUGGUUAUGAUUGGUAACUUAAAAGGCACGGAAAUUUUCCAUUUAAUUAAGAAGGGAGUUCUCAUUACAGCCGUGGUUGAGGUGGGGAGAAAGCACAUCAUCUGGAUGAAUCACUAUUUGGUCUCUUUUGUGAUUGUCACAACUGCUACCUUAGCAUAUUUCAUCUUUUAUCACAUUCAUAGACUUUGUUUAGCAAGGAUUCAGAACCAGAGAUGGCAGCGAUUAACAACAGAUCUUCAGAACGCAUUUGGACAACUCCAACUUCGAGUAGUAAAAGAGGGGGAUGAAGAAAUAAAUCCAAGUGGGGAUAGCUGUGUAAUUUGUUUUGAACACUAUAAGCCUAAUGACAUAGUUCGUAUUCUGACUUGUAAACAUUUUUUCCACAAGAAUUGCAUUGACCCCUGGAUUUUACCCCAUGGGACAUGCCCCAUUUGCAAAUGUGAUAUUCUUAAAGUUUUGGGGAUUCAAGUGGUUGUUGAAAAUGGAACAGAACCUUUGCAAGUUCUAAUGUCAAAUGAACUGCCUGAAACCUUAUCACCUAGUGAAGAGGAGACAAAUAAUGAAGUUUCUCCUGCAGGAACCUCAGAUAAAGUAAUCCAUGUGGAGGAGAACCCUACUUCUCAGAAUAAUGACAUCCAGCCUCAUUCAGUAGUGGAAGAUGUUCAUCCUUCACCUUGAUGGCAUGACUUUUGAGGAAGUGUAUUAAACCUGUAUCUGAAAUCAGGUCCUAAUACUGACAA